UGCUCAUCCAACAAUGUCAGGUUGCAGAGGAAAGAGUUCAUUGCCGGAGCUGGUGGGGAUGACCGGAAGAUCUGCAUCGGUGACGAUUGAAAGAGAGAAUCCACUUGUCGACGCAAUUGUAUUACUGGACGGAACUCCGACGACUAGGGAUUUCCGGUGUGACCGUGUGUGGGUGUGGGUAAAUUCUGGUGGUGUCGUCAUUCGAUCUCCUCGAAUUGGCUAA